GCCAUCGGCSAUGGGGAACUGUGCUACAGUUCCUGUUUGUUUCUUGUGAUAUUUGCAUUUUGGUCUUUGCUUUAGAACUACUGGGUCACACGCUGCUCCUCAAAUAGCCCAUCAGGUUAGCUCAGCUGUGCUUCCUUUGAGGUGUUUCGGUGCAGGGAAGUGAAAUUUGUGAGCUUUUUGUGCAGAAAGUGCCGAAACUCAAUUAAAGCUGAAGUUUCUGCUUUUGGCUUUGUGUUAAGCACUGUUUGAAAGAGCUGCAAAAAGAGCAGAAUCAAGGUUGAAUAGGGACCCCCGAGAUUAAUGAAGAAAGCAGGGUUUGGCCUGGAAGGAGUAGGAGUGCUGAUCUGAGCAGUGCCACACAGUCCUCCUUCAAUGGGUUGGAGGUGUCAUCACUAAGCAGCACUACUCAUCCACACCCUUCCCAGGAAUGUUGGUAACAGGUGUAAGCAAGCUCUGUCUCUUUUCCUACCAGGCUCUUGUCAGCUGGUUGAUACUCCURGUUAGCAGAUUCAGGUACAUGUUCAAUCCUCAAAUUAGAUUCCAGAGUGUGUGAGUAGGCAGGGCAAGCAGAUCAUAGUUAUUGUCAUUCCCUGGACUAAGGGGAGACAGAGGGUGCACAGCCUGUGCACUCAUGUCAGAGCUUCUUCAAUUUGUUCCAUUCUUAUUUGGCUCUGCCCUGGCCAGAAAUGGGCUGUGUUCCAUUUCACUCAGGGCAAGGGAAACUCCUCAGUGUUUUGCUUUUGCUGUUUUACUCCAGCCAUCAGUACUCCAGCCAUGCAGCUUCCUAGAGCUCUGCUGUUGUUCUUCCACCCUGCAUCAGUAUCACAAAUUUAAAGACAACGUGAGCAGCUCUGGCAGCCCUGAUGACUGAUGUUUGUUUUUUAGUGACUGUUGCACUGGAGGAAGGUGUUCCCUGGACAGCCUGGAGACAACGCAGAUUGCCUUGCCUUGAUACCCUGCCCCUCCGUCCUGCUGCAAUGAGUGGGAAGUCCUUGCUCCUAAAGGUCAUUCUCCUUGGAGAUGGUGGAGUUGGGAAGAGCUCCCUCAUGAAUCGGUACGUCACCAACAAGUUUGACUCUCAGGCAUUCCACACAAUUGGGGUGGAGUUCUUGAACCGGGACCUGGAGGUGGACGGGCGUUUUGUAACCCUCCAGAUUUGGGACACUGCAGGACAGGAGAGGUUCAAGAGCCUGCGGACGCCCUUUUACCGGGGAGCAGACUGCUGCCUACUGACCUUCAGCGUGGAUGACCGGCAGAGCUUUGAGAACCUCAGUAACUGGCAGAAGGAGUUUAUCUAUUACGCUGAUGUGAAGGACCCUGAACACUUCCCAUUUGUAGUCCUGGGCAACAAGAUAGACAAACUGGAGAGACAGGUGAGCCCAGAGGAGGCCCAGACCUGGUGCAUGGAAAACGGUAACUAUCCRUACCUGGAGACUAGUGCCAAGGAUGACACCAAUGUGACAGUGGCCUUUGAGGARGCCGUGCGACAGGUGCUGGCGGUGGAGGAGCAGCUGGAGCACUGCAUGCUGGGCCACACCAUUGACCUGCAGUCCAACUCCAAAUCAGGGUCUUCCUGUUGCUGAGAGUGGCUGCUGCUUCGGGAACACYGCUCGAGCUAGAGGCUGGAUCGGAACACACCUGGGCAGCCCUGGGGCACUCUGAGGAGAGUGCCACAAGGACAAGAGGUGGUGUGCUCACUGGGGAGCUGCAGCCUCACCAUCUGAAUCCUGCCUGGAAUUUUCAGGCACAGAGCAUGUAUCUGCAGGAGGGAGCUGUUAACAGAGCAUGUGAGCGUAGUCUUGCUUCCAUCUCUGCCUGUUCUAGCAGGAGUUUAAAGGGCUGGGUUAAAGUCCUUUAAAUUCGCAAAAGACAAUAGGAAUCUGUUCUGUACCAAGAACUGUCUGCAGAGCAAAGCUGAGAGCACCCUAGACACUGAAGUAUUUCAGUCCUGAACUAAAAAGAAAUACUAGACCCACUCAUGACCAUACUGCCAAAGGAAAUCCCACUCAGCAUAUUGAACAAAACCUGUCAUAAAGACUGGCCCRUGUGACUGUGAGAAAGCCAAGUACUGGAGUGGCUGGGAUGUGUGUAUCUGUUGUUUCAGAAUAAGUGCAUUGUGUCCUGAGACUGAAUUGUGAUGAGGAUCGUUAGAGCUCUGACCUGAAGCAACAUAUGAAGGAGAGACUGGCCUGUGUUUGAAUGUGACAGCAUUGUUUCUCCAUAGCUGCCUAUUUCUGGUCUGUUUUUCCUCACCUCUAACUUUGUCUUGUGUGAGUGUUAUUUUUUGGAGAGACUGUCUGCUUGUUGUUUAAUAUAUGUUUCCUUGUCUCUURUGGAGGCUCAGCCUUGAAUCCCUGGGUGAAAAACACCAAUGUGGACGCUCGCUGGGUCAUGUCGAAGGGUUACUCAGGAGAUCUGGAGUGUGAAACUUCAGCUGGUUUCUGUCACAAGUAAUCACUGUGUUCAGGUGAUGUGCUCUAGAAGACCAGAUGGCAGGUGGGUGGGCUGUCUGCUAGGYGUGCAGGUGGCUGGGGGAUUCUGCGUGGUCAGGCGUUAAACCCACUUGCUGUCUGGCACCAGUGACCACUGUGCCUCAUUAGCUGACAGAUCCGUGUCUUUGGUUGCUGUAGCAUGAAUGUUCCCAGCAUGGAAUCACUCACUUGUAUCAGGCACAGUGCUGCUGAGUACAGUUAACCCAUGCCAUCGUCCUGACCCUUUAUCCCUCAUGGGAAAUUCAGGAUGUUUUAUCUGUGAGAGGCUGGUCAACUCUGCUCAGUUAACUAACUGCUGUGUUCAGUCCAGUGGGCAGAGAGCUGCACUGGUCCCACCUCUUUUCAAGGUGGGGAUGGGGGCCCAAGGAAUGUUCUAGAAGGGAUGCCAGGCUUUGCUCCCAUCCACUGCCCCCUGCUAGGUGUUAGUACCAAGCUGUCUGUGUAGCAGAGAUGAGCUUUCUGACUGCUGUCCUUACCAUUCAAACCUCGUGCCCUGCAACCUUCUGUGCAAGCGUUUGGCCAAAGCUGUGACUGCCCACAGGCACGUAGGAGCCUGCCCCAAGCACGUACCCACUGGCUGCUGGCUGUGAUUCCCAUCAGCUGCUGGAUGGUAAAUUUUGUAGCUCAAAUCAAGUAAUUUCCCUUAAACUAUGCUUUAGAGCCAAGACAGUCUCUGCCCUGUGCUGGCAGCUUGUCCCUAUCAUGGUAUAGUCUCUUAGCAUGCAGAGCAUGAACAUGCCCCCAUUCCCUCUGGGGUAACCCAGGGAGAUCUUGCCCUUCUCUUUAGGGCAGCCAUGUGUGGAAGGGACUGGAAUAUUAAGGCUUUAGGGGAAUCUGAUUUCUAAACAAUUGUAUUCACGGGGAGUGAAUGCUAUCUGGCAGCUGUUGCAGUCUCUGGAAAAAGAGCUCCCUUAAGGAGAAGGUUCUGUCUCUGUAGGUGCAAGAGAUUUUUAUAGGAUGUUUUUGUUACUAUUUAUUUACCUAUAUCUGACCUCCUGAGGCCUCCAUAUUUUUCUCCAUUAACACUGGUUGAUACUUCAUUCAAGAUCCCAGACUCUGUGACCUGUGGUUCCAGUUUCAUUCCCUGGAGCUGGUUUGCACAGGGGCUCGGGGUCGCAAUAGAUUCAAGCCCUCAUGUGCUGGCCAGCCCUGCUAGGGGAACUGCUGAGGGAGCUCACUGCAGGUGAAACUGCCACUUCCCCAUGAAUCUCCUGGGAUCUGUGUGAGUACUGGCUCCUCCUAUGGAAGAGGGCAGAGAUUCAGCAAGCCAGACUGCAGGAGGCACACGUGCAGCUCUGUUUACAGCACCCUGUGUAUGUCAAUGGUGGUAGCUAAARCUCAAGAGCCUUGUGCACGUGUUACACAGCACCUUUUAUUUCUAACAGACACUGGAUCAUUGACUUUUGUUAUAUUAAAACCCCCUAUUACAUUAGGCUUAUGUGUUUUUUUAAAAAAAAAAAAGUUAUAGUAUAAUAUAUUGUUUAAUUUAUUUUAAAUGAAACGCACAAUUCCCAAAGGAGCCAGGAUUUUGAMCUCUGUUGCAAGUUUGGUGCCAACAGCCAUCCCUUCUCUGUGUCCACUCGUGCUGCUGCGGUUGUUGCUAUUGCUACAGAACUGGAAUUGUAAAACCAGGAUUCUACCUUUAUUUAAGCAAAUAAAACAUGGAUGUAUUCAAGUGAAUUCAGAAAGUGGCUGCCUUCUUGGCUGUUC